AGAGCGACGGUAUCUUGCCCGUGCCGGCGCGAGCCACCGCCCGUGCGCCACCAUGUCGGCGCCCUCGGAGGAGGAGGAGUACGCACGGCUGGUGAUGGAGGCGCAGCCUGAGUGGCUGCGCGCGGAGGUGAAGCGGCUCUCCCAUGAGCUGGCCGAGACCACGCGCGAGAAAAUCCAGGCAGCAGAGUAUGGGCUGGCGGUACUUGAGGAGAAGCACCAGCUCAAGCUGCAGUUCGAGGAGCUCGAGGUGGACUAUGAGGCCAUCCGCGGCGAGAUGGAGCAGCUCAAAGAGGCAUUUGGACAGGCGCACACGAACCACAAGAAGGUGGCAGCAGAUGGUGAGAGCAGGGAAGAGAGUCUGAUCCAGGAGUCGGCCUCCAAGGAACAAUACUACGUAAGGAAGGUGCUGGAGCUACAGACAGAGCUGAAGCAGCUGCGCAACAUCCUUACCAACACCCAGUCAGAGAAUGAGCGGCUUACCUCAGUGGCUCAGGAGCUGAAGGAGAUCAACCAGAAUGUUGAGAUCCAGCGAGGCCGCCUGCGGGAUGAUAUCAAGGAGUACAAGUUCCGGGAGGCUCGCCUGCUGCAGGACUACUCAGAGCUGGAGGAGGAGAACAUCUGCCUACAGAAGCAGGUGUCUGUGCUCAGGCAGAACCAGGUAGAAUUCGAGGGCCUCAAGCAUGAGAUUAAGCGGCUGGAGGAAGAGACUGAGUAUCUAAACAGCCAACUGGAGGAUGCUAUCCGACUCAAAGAAAUCUCAGAGCGGCAGCUAGAGGAGGCAUUAGAGACGCUGAAGACUGAGCGGGAACAGAAGAACAGCCUGCGCAAGGAGCUAUCACACUACAUGAGCAUCAAUGACUCCCUCUACACCAGCCACCUGCAUGUCUCCCUGGAUGGUCUCAAGUUCAGUGAUGAUGCUGCUGCUGGCACUACAGAGCCUAACAACGAUGCAGAGGCCCUGGUCAAUGGCCUGGAGCAUGGCCUAGCCAAGCUGCCACUUGACAACAAGACCUCUAUGUCCAGGAAGGAUGAUCUCCCUCCACCCUCACCCAGCCUGGUCUCUGACCUCCUCAGUGAGCUCAACAUCUCUGAGAUCCAGAAGCUGAAGCAGCAGCUGAUGCAGAUGGAGCGGGAAAAGGUGAGCCUGUUGGCAACGCUGCAGGACACACAGAAGCAACUUGAACAGGCGCAUGGGGCCCUGUCAGAGCAGCAUGAGAAGGUGAGCCGACUCACAGAGAACCUGAGUGCCCUGCGGCGCCUACAGGCCAGCAAGGAGCGGCAGACAGCGUUAGACAACGAGAAGGACCGGGACAGCCAUGAGGAUGGUGACUACUAUGAGGUAGACAUCAAUGGGCCUGAGAUCCUGGCCUGCAAGUACCAUGUGGCUGUGUCUGAGGCAAGUGAACUCCGGGAGCAGCUGAAGGCUCUACGUAGCAUGCACGAGGCCUGUGAAGCUCAACACACAGAGGAGAAGGGCCGCCACGAAGCCGAGAACCAGGCACUUGCUGAGAAGCUUGCUUUGCUGGAAAAGGCCAGCUGCCAGGACCGUGACCUGCUGGCUCGGCUGGAGAAGGAACUCAAGAGUGUGAGUGAUGUGGCCGGUGAGACACAGGGCAGCUUGAGCGUGGCCCAGGAUGAGCUGGUGACCUUUAGUGAGGAGCUGGCCAACCUCUAUCACCACGUGUGCAUGUGCAACAAUGAGACACCCAACCGUGUUAUGCUGGACUACUACCGUGAGGGCCAGGGUGGGACCAGCCAUGCCAUCUCUGAGGGCCGUGGCCACCGCUCUCCUGUCCUCCUGCCCAAGGGGCUGCUGGCUGCAGAGCUAGGCAGGGCAGAUGGUGGGAUUGGAGAUAGCAGCCCCUCACCUGACUCCUCACUGCCAUCACCCCUCAGCGACCCACGCCGUGAGCCCAUGAACAUCUACAAUCUGAUUGCCAUCAUCCGUGACCAGAUCAAGCACCUGCAGGCAGCUGUGGACCGCACCACUGAGCUGUCGCGACAGCGCAUUGCUUCACAGGAGCUGGGCCCUGCUGUGGACAAAGACAAAGAGGCGCUGAUGGAGGAAAUCCUGAAGCUCAAGUCACUGCUCAGCACCAAGCGUGAGCAGAUUACCACACUGCGGACUGUGCUCAAGGCCAACAAGCAGACUGCCGAGGUGGCCCUGGCUAACCUAAAGAGCAAGUAUGAGAAUGAGAAAGCGAUGGUGACCGAGACCAUGAUGAAGCUGCGGAAUGAACUCAAGGCUCUUAAGGAAGAUGCCGCUACCUUCUCUUCAUUGCGCGCCAUGUUUGCCACCAGGUGUGAUGAGUACAUCACGCAGCUGGACGAGAUGCAGCGGCAGCUGGCAGCUGCUGAGGAUGAGAAGAAGACGCUAAACUCACUGCUGCGCAUGGCCAUCCAGCAGAAGCUGGCCCUGACCCAGCGGCUGGAGCUGCUUGAGCUGGACCACGAGCAGGCCCGACGUGGCCGCACCAAGGCCACCCCCAAGGUCAAGCCCAGCGUCCCGAGUGUAAGUCACACCUGUGCCUGUGCUAGUGACAGGGCUGAGGUCUCUGGGCUCUCCACUCAGGUGUUCUGUAGAGAAAAGUAUAACAUUUAUUGUGACUAG